UAUUAUUAUUAGUUUUUCGGUGAAAGAAAGAAACAAUUCAAUAAAACCGUUUUAGUUCUCUUUCUCCGUAGCUUUUGCUCUGUCGGAUUCAAUCAAAGAAAGAACAACAACAACACAACUAUGAGAGAGAGAAGAAGAAAGAGAGACAUGGUAGAGCUUCUUCACGCUUUUUGCUUUUUUCCCAUUUCUGUAAUCUAACCCCCCAAACCCUAGAUCUUCCUUAGAAACUAGAAUUUUUCCCCAUUUGAUUUCAUUUAUUUCCAAAUUUUUUCAUUCUUUUGUUAAUUUGGGGGGUUCGAUUGGUCGGAUUAUCGACUUUUCUGCGUUUGUUUUGGCCAAUUUUUUGUUAUUUCUCUUUUCAAAAAGUCUUUCGGAGUUUGAUUUUCGUUAGUUUUUCUGCUUGGGGUUAUAGUUUUCUUGCGUUAGGGUUUGAUAUUGUAGCUGGGGCUUCAAUUUUUGACGGUGCGGGAAUGGAGCCUCGUGUUGGGGGUAAGUUUCGGCUUGGUCGGAAGAUUGGUAGCGGCUCGUUUGGGGAGAUCUAUUUAGGAACUAACAUCCAGACUAAUGAAGAGGUUGCGAUUAAGCUUGAAAAUGUCAAGACAAAGCAUCCUCAGUUGCUGUACGAAUCAAAGCUAUACAGGAUCCUACAAGGAGGAACGGGGAUUCCAAAUGUUAGAUGGUUUGGAGUUGAAGGAGAUUAUAAUGUUUUAGUGAUGGAUUUGCUCGGUCCUAGCCUUGAAGAUCUUUUCAACUUCUGUAGCAGGAAACUUUCUUUGAAGUCGGUUCUUAUGCUUGCUGAUCAAAUGAUCAAUCGUGUUGAGUUUGUUCAUUCAAAAUCAUUUCUACAUCGCGAUAUUAAGCCAGACAAUUUUCUCAUGGGCCUGGGAAGGCGUGCCAAUCAGGUUUACAUUAUUGACUUUGGUCUAGCUAAGAAAUAUAGAGACACUUCUACCCAUCAACAUAUUCCUUACAGAGAAAACAAGAAUUUGACUGGAACUGCAAGAUAUGCAAGCAUGAACACGCAUCUUGGCAUUGAGCAAAGCCGGAGGGAUGAUUUAGAAUCUCUUGGAUAUGUCCUUAUGUACUUUUUAAGAGGAAGUCUUCCUUGGCAGGGAUUAAAAGCUGGAACUAAGAAACAAAAGUAUGAGAAAAUUAGUGAAAAGAAAGUUUCCACGUCAAUUGAGGCCUUAUGUCGUGGAUAUCCAUCCGAAUUUGCAUCAUAUUUCCAUUACUGUCGGUCACUACGUUUCGAUGAUAAGCCAGACUAUGCAUAUCUGAAAAGGAUAUUCCGUGACCUUUUUAUUCGUGAAGGUUUCCAGUUUGAUUAUGUCUUUGAUUGGACAAUCUUAAAGUAUCAGCAAUCACAGCUUGCAACUCCGCCAACCCGUGCUCUUGGUCCUGGUGCGGGAACUAGUUCGGGGUUGCCCAUUGCUGCCGCCAAUGCUGACAGGCAGACAGGUGAGGAAGAAGGGCGACUGGCUGGUUUGUCUUCCAUGGAUUCCAGGCGAAGAAUAUCAGGACCGAUCUUGACCUCUGGAAACUUCUCAAAACAGAAGAGUCCAGUUGCUCAAGAAUCUGCAUUUAGUAAAGAGGCUCUGUUGUCAAAUUCCAACAUAUUGGCUCGCUCAAGUGGAUCAUCAAGGCGAGCUGCUGUUUCCAGCAGCCGUGACGCACUUGUUGGAAGCGAGUCUGAUCCCCAUCGAUCGCGUACAGCUGAAGCAAGCCCUGGAGCAGCAUACAGAAUUUCAAGUGGGCAAAGAAGUUCACCGGUUGGUGGAUCUUCGGAGAUCAAGCGCACAUCAUCCGGUAGACAUACCUCCCAUGUAAGGAUCUUUGAAGGUGCUCUCAAAGGCAUUGAGAGUCUACAACUGGACAACGAGGAGAAGGUCCAUCAUUAAAAGACUCGCCUCCGCAAAUUAUUGUGGGUGGUUUUCAGUUGGUGUGCUGCUAUUAAACUUGCAGUAGAAUGGGUUAUUUUUCUAAGAGUUUCUGAAGGACGUUAUGACUUGACUGCUGGAAUUCUGGGUUUGAAUUUGUGGAGUUGUAGCUAACUUGAACCAAGUCUUGACUCUUGAAAGCUAAGUUCAUCUUGACUUGGACAAAGGGACGUCAGUCUACCAGCAGUUGGCUGUUUAAAUGCUUCUUUUGGUUGGCAUUCAAAAGAAUGGGAACGAUUAAAUGGUUCUGGUUACAACUCUUUUUCUUCCGUCGUCUAGUUGUGUGUUACUCGCUUGUCCUUGAUUUCUAAGAUAUGCUUUACAAUGAUGAUGUUUUGCACUACAACAUGUUGGCGCCAUAAAAAUUGGCCAUUGUAUUCAUAUCUUUUAAUUCUUAACAAUGUUCAUGCUACUAUGAUAAACCAAAGAGAAAAAAAAUGUAGUAUGAAAGAUUUGCACCAAGAUGUGUACUGCACUUAGAUAUCCCCGUCCUGUGCUUAGGAGGUUUGGCUGUUCGCUGGCCGAGACAGAACUAUUAUGCUAAUAAUUCAAUUGCUUUUCCCCUUGA